AUGAGUACGGCAAUAGGCAGGCCCAUCGGGCUCGAACGGCGGCCCCUGGUCGUCGAUUGUAAGGCAACCCCGGCAAAGACGACCCGCGGGACCCAGAAGACGGUAUCGGGGAAGUCAACGGUGUCGGGGAGGUCUACUAUCAGCGGCAAAACCAUUAGCGGCGGCGGCACCAAGACCGUGGGCGGGGGCACCACGCGCGUCAAGGUCGCGCCACAGGCUCAGCCGCAAAAGCAGCAGGGCCGCGGCAGUCGCUUCUACUUCAACAUUACAGGCGAGCGUCAAUCUUUGAAUGCACCGGGAAAGCUGGGGUUAUUGACAGCGCAGCGGGGGCCUGUGGGCAACGAUG